CAGGUACUCUAAAACAGGGCGACAGUAAAGAGAGAGAGAGAGAGUGUGAGAGAUUGAUAGUGAUUGAGAGAGGAAGAGAGAUGACAAGGUGGUGUAUCAUGGUGAUUCUUGCUCUUGCUGUAGUCCACACUACAGCAAGAACUGUGCCAAGUGAUGCUGGCCUCGACGACCAAAAGAACUUCGUCUCAUUCGGUGGGGUUGGCGGCUAUUCCGGACUUGGCGGUAAUGGACUUCCCUUUGGUGGAGUUGGUGGAGCUGCUGGGAUUGGUGGAGGACUUGGAGGUGGAGAUGGAGGUGGCUUAGGUGGAGGACUUGGAGGUGGCUUAGGUGGAGGACUUGGAGGUGGAGGUGGCUUAGGUGGAGGACUUGGAGGUGGAUCUGGCUUAGGUGGAGGACUUGGAGGUGGAUCUGGCUUAGGUGGACUCGGUGGCCUUGGUGGUUUGGGUGGUCUUGGUGGUGGUGUUGGCGGUGGAGCCGGUGGUGGCGCUGGAGGUGGAAACGGCGCUCUUCCAUUACCUUGAGCUUGAAGUUUCGCGUUUGAGUUUAGCUUAUGAUCUACUAGAGUUUUAACUUAUUUUUAGUGUGUUGGCAGUUAAGUUAGUUGUGUGAGAACGAAAAUGUUUUUUUAGUACUUUGUUGUAUUUCCUUAUGUCUACGUACGUAGUCAGAAAUAAUAGUUUGAAAGGUGUUUCCAUUUGUAGUCUUUGAGUUACUUAGGUUUUUAUGGCCUUGUAACGUUUCGUAUUGAAACAUUAUCGAAAUACAUUGCUUUGUGUGACA